AUGACGAUAUUGAUAAAGAUGUUCGUAAUCAAAUUAUUUACAAAUAACACAGAGCAUAGAUUGGACGUACAUUUUUUAAGUUUUGUAUACCACAUUUUGGAUAACGCAAAUGCUGUUUUUACAACUAACCAAAAUAUUACAUCUUUGACUAAAACGUUUUUGCUCAUUGCAGAACACUUUACUAGUAUCUACAGAGUGAAUUCUCAAAUGGAUUUCGGUCUACAAGUAGUCGGAGCUGGACUUAUGCGUUCCGGAACAACCAGUCUCAAAUUCGCUUUGGAGUACUUAUAUAAGAAACAAUGCUAUCAUAUGCAAGAAUUAGUACUUAAUAUUCGUGAACCACAUAUCAAAUUAUGGUUGUGGGCAAUAAAACAAGAUAGAGAGAAGAAAGAAAUACCUAAACAAUUUUGGUCAUAUAUCUACAAUGAUUUUGUGGCUGCAGUUGAUUAUCCAACUGCCGGGUUUUAUAAGCACUUGUCAAAGAUUUAUCCAAAUGCGAAGACAAUAACGUUCCAACAAAUUUUCGGUAAUCAAUGUUUAUUCCAAUCAUCUAUGCCAUCAUCAUCAUCAUCAUCAUCAUCAUCAUCAUCAUCAUCAUCAUCAUCAUCAUCAUCAUCAUCAUCAUCAUCAUCAUCAUCAUCAUCAUCAUCAUCAUCAUCAUCAUCAUCAUCAUCAUCAUCAUCAUCAUCAUCAUCAUCAUCAUCAUCAUCAUCAUCAUCAACAUUCACAAUAUCUAAACAAAAUUGA